AUGGUUCUUCACUUACUUUCACACGCCGCGUCUGUUCUGGUUGGAGCUCUUUAUCCAGCUUUCGAAACUUUCAAAGUCAUUCGUGAGGGCGAUUUUUUACGAAUGAAACGAUUGUUGAAGUACUGGACAGUUUAUGCAGGCUUUCUAGCAGCCGAUACUAUUGGUGAUCUACUCCUUUUGCCAUAUAUUGUGCCUGGUUAUUUGCUGAUGAAGAUGAGCUUUCUGAUUUGGACAGCGUCACCAUGGACGGACGGUGCUUCAGUCGUUUAUCAAAAAUUAAUUGCUCCGCUAUUGACAAAAUAUGAACAGGAUAUCGAUGAGGUGCUAAAUAAUAUGAGACGUUCAGUGCAGCGACAAGCCUCGAGAUUAGGAAAUGGAGCACUCGAUAAAGCACGUGUUGGAUUAUUGUCACUUGCAACAACAGAUAGUUCUCUUACUGAUCAGUUAUUACUCACCGGUCGAUAUGCUCCAAUAACAGUUGCAGUGGAAGAGCAAGCAGAAGAGGAUAUUAUCCAGAUAGUUAAUGAAGAAACAAACAUCAAGAGAGAGAUAGAGGAAAGUGAAAGUAAUAUGUUAUCAGAUUCGUCAAAUCGUUUGAAAAGAAACUGCAUAAAUUCUGAUGAUGUCAGCGUUGCUAGGAAAGGGCGAAAGCGAUCUCAUAAAAAUGGCGGAGCGGAAGGAGAUGUAACAAAUCGGUCGCAACGAACAAGGCGCGUUGCAGCAAAUCGUAGUAUCUCUCGUGGGCGAUAA